GUCCCUCGAACCCUCCCACCUUCUCCACGCUGUGGGGCCCUUUUGAGCCCAGAGAUUGAGGACAAGCGUAGAAACUGGUAUGGAGGUGGAGCUGUGGGCCAACUGGGAAAAGUGAAGGAUCAGGUGGUGCAAAUGGACCAGUUCGGAGCUUCAUUUUGGCUUAAAAUGGACCCAGUGUCCCCGAAAUUAGGUGCUUGGCUAGCCUAUCCACAAACAUCAAUCAGAAUGUUUCUUAAACUACCAAUUUCUUUGUCUCUUCCUCUUUAACUUGUUUUGCAAAUUCCUUUUUCCCAACAGGACACCCAAGCAUGGGAACUCCAACAUCCACUCCCAAAGGUCACACGAGGAAUGAGAAAAUGGAAGAGUAUCGCCAUCUAGUGGACUUCACCUUGCGCACUCCUGCUGUUAAUGCAGAUCACUUCACCUUACAUUAA